AUGCCUUCUAAUUACCGCAACUUCCGAAAGAGCGUGCCGUGGGUAAUCCUUUUUCUGGAAGCUUUUUUCAUCGCCCUCUUUUGCGCAGAUUACUUUGUGCUCUCCCAUGGUCUUGCUGGCAAGUCACACACCUCCUACCCAGCUUUUCAAGAUGUCAGCCACAUGGUGAUUUUUGGAUUUGGCUUUUUCCUGACGUUUCUGAAACGAUACGGAUUUAGCAGCACUGGAUUCCACCUCCUGAUCAUUGCGCUUGGUGUGCAAUGCUCCGUGCUGGUAGAAGAUAUAUUAUUUUCACUUCUUGAAAGGACACACGAUGAUAGUCUGUUAAGAAUAACAAAGGCUACUAUGAGCAUGACUGCUGUGGUCAUCUCCACUGGAGCUGUUCUUGGGAAGGCUAAUCCUGUGCAAUUAAUUGUGAUGACAGUCGUGGAGAUCAUAGUUUUCCAUGGGAGCAGACAGAUCAACAAGGCAUUCCUCCAGGUUCCAGACAAUGUCAGCAUGAUGCACGUUCACCUGUUUGGGGCCUACUUUGGCCUGGCGCUCUCCUCACGUUUCUCUGAGCCAUCACCAAGGUCGGAGAAGAAUGCAAGCACCUCAGAGUCGGAUUUAUUGUCAGUGUUGGGUACUCUCUUUCUCUGGGUAUUCUGGCCAAGCUUCAAUUCUGUACUAGUGCUGAAAGACAUGACGAGCAAAGCAGCCGGCAACACGUUCUUUGCCCUUGCAGUGAGUGCUGUAACUGCCUUCAUCUUGUCCGUUCUGACUACAAAGGAUGGAAAAAUCAGAAUGACUCAUAUUCACAGUGCAGUGAUAGCUGGCGGGGUCGCUGUUAGUUACACAGCGCAGAGCAUCGAGUAUCCUUGGAUUGCAAUGAUUUUGGGCCUGCUUGCCAGUGCGAUAGCCAUCUUAGGAUCUUACUGUUUACAGAGAUGCUUGAAUCCUACUCUCAAGAUUCAUGAUUCUUCUGGAGUUCAUUUCACUUUCGGCUUGCCUGCUGUGCUUGGAGCUCUUGCCCAGAUUGUGUUCUUAGUAAUCAAAAACUGGACUAAUUUACCAAGACUGGGUUAUUUGGUCUUCAUUCAAGUUGGUGCCUUCUCCCAGACCAUCUCUGUUGCCAUGAUAGCAGGCUGGAUUACAGGCUCAGUCUUAAACCUCAAACCAUUUAAGACCGCCCCUGUAUCAAAGUACUUUGACGACCAGUUUUAUUGGGAGUUUCCCCGUUUGGCCGUUGGAUUUUGA